CGCGCGCCUCUUUUGCAAGCCCUCGGCGGGGAGAGGAGCGGAGCAAUGGCCUUAAGGACUCGGCGGGCGGCCCGCAGCCCUCACCGUCCCCUCCCAUGAGCUGAGCUCCCCGCCGGAGGGAAGGGGGCGAGAAGAGGCGCCGCGGAGGAGGCCAGGCGGAGGAGGGAGCAGCCGGGCGGCGGCGCGAUGCGGUGGUGGCGGCUGCGCUGGCUGUGCUGGUGGUGGGCGCUGGUGUGCAGCGGCGCUCCCGGCCGCGCUUCGCCGCCGCCUGCGCUGCCGCUCUUGCCCGCCGCGGGGGCGCUGCUGCCGGGCAGCCGGAGCAGCAGCAGCAGGGAGCAGCCGGCGUUGCCCACCGCCUCCUCCUCCUCCCCGGGCGGCUUCCUCUACCGGCGCCUCAAGUCCCACGAGAAGCGCGAGAUGCAGAAGGAGAUCCUGUCCGUGCUGGGCUUGCCGCACCGACCCCGGCCCUUGCACGGCUUGCAACCGGCCCAGGCGCCCGUGCCCCGGAGACAGGAGCUGCAGCAGCCCGCGCUGGACAGGCUCAACUCGGCGCCGCUCUUCAUGCUGGAUCUGUACAACGCGCUGCCCAGCGAGGAAGAGGAGGCGGCGGAGGAAGAGGAGGAAGGCCAGGCGGGGGGCGGCCCGCGGGCGCCUCCCAGCACGCAGCCCCUGCCCCGCAAGACGCUCCUGGGCCACCAGCCCCCGCCGGGUGCCGGGGCCCCCGCCCUGGCCAGCGCCCAGGACAGCGCCUUCCUCAACGAGGCCGACAUGGUCAUGAGCUUCGUCAAUCUGGUUGAAUACGACAAGGAGUCCACACCUUACCAUCGACAUCACAAGGAGUUCAAAUUUAAUCUGUCUCAGAUCCCUGAAGGAGAGGCCGUCACCGCUGCUGAGUUCCGAAUCUACAAAGACUGUGUCUAUGGAGGCUUUAAAAACCAAACUUUUCUGAUUGCCCUCUAUCAAGUCUUACAAGAGCAUCAGAACAGAGAUUCCAAUCUGUUUUUGCUGGAUACCAGAGCGGUCUGGGCCUCAGAAGAAGGCUGGCUGGAGUUUGAUAUCACUGCCACCAGUAACAUGUGGGUGAUAAACCCCCAGCAUAACUUGGGACUCCAGAUGAGCGUGGUGAUGAGGGAUGGCCUCAGUGUAAACCCUAGAGAAGCAGGACUAAUAGGCCGAGAUGGCCCUUACGACAAACAGCCUUUCAUGGUGGCUUUUUUCAAAGUGAGCGAGGUUCAUGUGCGAACAGCGAGGUCAGCCACCAGCCCGCACCGGCAGCAGAGUCGGAACCGCUCCACCCAGCCUCAGGAUGUUUCCAGAGCAUCCAGCAGCACAGAUUACAACAGCAGUGACUUAAAAACAGCUUGCAGAAAGCAUGAACUUUACGUUAGCUUCCAGGACCUGGGAUGGCAGGACUGGAUAAUUGCACCAAAGGGCUAUGCAGCAAACUACUGUGAUGGAGAAUGCUCUUUCCCACUUAACGCUCACAUGAAUGCCACCCAUCAUGCCAUUGUACAAACUUUGGUUCAUCUGAUGAAUCCGAAGUAUGUUCCUAAACCCUGCUGUGCUCCAACAAAACUUCACGCAAUAUCGGUCCUUUACUUUGAUGACAAUUCCAAUGUCAUUUUGAAAAAAUACAGGAAUAUGGUGGUAAGAGCAUGCAGGUGCCACUGACCACGCCAAGGCCAAGCCAAUCUGCUGUACUUCAUGACUUUCAUCCAGUGCCUCAAAAGAGAAAACCGAGUACAUCUAGACUAGUAUUGUGCCUUAAGGAGCGAUAAGCGAAACCAUAAAGAACUCCAGUGCUACUUAUUGCCUUCUAAAGCAAAUUGCACAAUGAUGGCUUUUCUGGAUUCAUAACUAAUAAGUACAUUGAGCAUAAAUGGGUAGAGUACGGCUCGUAUUAAUGGAGCAAAUGGUACAGAUGCACAUCUGCCUACUUUGAUCCUCUAUUCAGAUCUUCUUGCUAAAUAAGCACUCGUCUGAUUUUAGAUGAUGGCCACAAGGAGGAGGAGUUUCGAAACACAGGGGAAAGAAAUGUACAAUUCACGAGGAACAGGUGACGCUCUGACCACAUGUAGACAAACAAAGCUGUUCCAAAAAUAACUGGAAAGGCAUGCAAAUUAGAUCACCUGCAUCAGACAAAUUGCUGUGCCUGGAUUUCCUCCUAGAAGUUCAAGCAAAGAAAUUGCUGUUAACAGCAAGCUCAUCCUUUGCCGGAUUGUUAUGUCCAAUGUAAGAACAACUUAACUGGAAAUGCACCUUUAGUGCCUGAUUGUCAAGCAAACGAUUCCUCAUCUUCUGCCUUUUGAGAGGUUUGGUUGUUCACCGGAUCGCAAGAAGCUGUUUAUACACUUUUUCAUAAGUCCACUUCCAUAUUAUUCACUUGCUAAUUCUGAUGACUUUUUACAAAUAAAUCCUGCCGCCACACCUGCUUGCUGUGUGUACACUCACAUGCUUCAAAUGAACAGCAAAGAUGCAUAUUGAACUACUCAAGUGUAAAGUAGACAGCUGCCUAAAUCUUUGCCAUUGCCUAAGGGACACGCUCCAGGCCCUGGUUAAAAGUGAGGAUUCUCAAAACAUCAACUUUGUCUCUGUAACCUGCCUAAGAUGAGAAAGAAAAAAUGGAACAUCUACAAGUAUUAAAAGGCUAUAAAACGGAGGUUGCAAUUCAUUGCUUUCCUGAACAAUAUAGCAACUUUAAAAGUCACAGGCAAAGCUGGGGAAAGUCGGAGGCGAGUUUCGACUGCUGACAGCUGGCUGAAUACUCAGUCCUACCAGCCCAAGUGAAAACACAGACAGAUUCCAAUCUGGUGGAGGGGAGAUCAAUUCAGCCUGUCUUCUGCUCAUACUUUCUAAGUGAGGCCUUUCUAUCUCUAUUCAUUGCUGAAUGGGUUAAUGUAUAUACUCUAUGGUCUUAGACCUAGCUCCACACAAUGGGAAAUUUCCCCAAGACAGAAAUUACAAGAAAAGUGCCCUUCUCCCCUUUGACCACUUCCAUUUUGAAAAGACUUCUUGUAAAUAAAUGAAAAAGUAUAAUUUAUUGCAACUGUCAGAUAUAUUAAUUUUGAUAUAGCAUUUAGCAAGAGGGGUUUUUUUGUAAAAAAAGAUUUUAUUCAGAAAGUAUGUGUGUAAACAAUUGUACCACUUGAUUUUGUACAAGAAAAUCGUGGGUCACAGCUCUGUGUGCUCAUGACAUUGUGCUUCAUUAGAAGGUUUUUUUAAAAAGCCGUCAAGAAUAAAGGCUCCCUUUAAGGCAGAAAUUUA